GAACGUGAUUACGCUGGACAGAGCGUGGAUUUGGUUAGAGCGCAACAUUAAUCAAAACUUUACUAGUGGGGGGAAACUUGGAAGAGAACGGAAGCGAGGAUGAAGUCGCUCAACUUGACACUAUUUUUACUUGUACUCAUUGGCUGCCGGGAAGUUAUAAGUGAAGAGUGUAGUGAUGCCCUCAAGAGAGAGGUAGGCCUAUGCGCGAGGUGGCAAGCGAACAAUCUUUGCGCCAAGAACGAGCAUGUACAGAUUAUGUGCGCGGAGACGUGUCGCUUAUGCGGAGAACAUGCAAAACGCAGCCCACCGGACUACGUGGGCUGUUUCACCGACAAAAGAUCAACUGGUUUCAAGAUGGUGUUUCCUCGCACGGCCUUGUCUGUGCAAUCGUGCGUGGACCAUUGCUUGAAAAGGCGGUACGCGUUAGCUGCGCUUCAAAACGGAAUGUUCUGCAUGUGUGGCAACGACCACAAAAGCAUGACGCCGUUAGCAAAGCGAGAUGGAUGUAACAAGAUGUGCGGAGGGACGAACGAAGCCUGUGGAGGAUUCUUGCAAAGCUCUAUUUACAAAACAGCUCGGUCGAAAUCCAAGAGGGGACUGGACCGAGAUUCGGUGGAGGAGCUAAUUCUUGGAAAGGACGUGGUCACAGGAUUGAGAGCUCGAAAGAGAGAACCAAAGAAGGAAAUGCGACUACCUCUCAAAAUACCCGAGAAAAGAAACUGGAAAUUCGACCAGUGGCUUCGCAACUAUGUCAGGCGACAACAAUAAAAUUAGGAGCAAAUAAUAACGGAUUUGUCGGUAGAUAACAAUAGAGAACGAGUUAAUUAAUCUAGAGAAUUCAUAAAUAAAAUGGGAGGAUUCAAUCUUAUUACGAAUUUCUAUAAUCCGUAUUCUAAAAGGGAUACUUGUUUUCAACUGUUCUCUAUCCAUUUUGUUGUGGAUGUUUUCUUCUUGAGAAAAACAAAAACAACAAAGUGUUUUUAAUAAAAUUUGAUUGUGUUUGCUAUGUUUUUGGGGGAAGGCUUUUUGUAUUUAAAUCUUACUCACGUUUUUUUUAGCUGAGCCAAAAUUUUGGUUUAAUUACUAAACGCAUUGUGUUGCUACGGGUAAUUUAAUCAGUAAACUGCAAAGCAAAUUAUAUCAUCAAUAACCCAUGAAUUAAAGAAGACAAAUAA